GGUUAUGUCACUGGCUGGUCCGUCCGUCUAGUGUAUAAAAAUAAAUAAUUUAGAAAAAACAUAAUAGUAAAGAAAAAAAGUGCGUAAUUUUAAAUUGUAUUACGAGAGAUAAAAGUACGUGAAACAUGUUUCAUCUUCGAACGACUGUGAAUGCUGUUAGGAGGAUCCCACGCCUUGCAAUGUCCAGUGACGCAGGAAAGACCAUGGAUACAACUUAUAUGGAAAUCCCUGUUUAUGAUGUCAACAGACCACAGACUCUGGAAAAACGUAAGGCAAGGCUCCACUAUCAGUCGCGUAAACGAGGGAUGUUGGAGAACGACCUCCUGCUCAGCACCUUCGCGAAGAAAUACCUCGACGGGUUCAACGAGGAACAGACGCUCAUGUACGACCGCCUCAUCAACUCGCCCAGCAACGACUGGGACAUCUUCUACUGGAUUGUGGAGAAAAAACCCACCCCCCAGGAGUUCAACAACGAGAUCAUGGACCUUCUAAAGAAACACGCCAGGAAUGAGGAGAAAGUCGCUCUUAGCCAACCUAAUCUAUAUUAAGAACGAAUUAGAAAUUAUUUUGCUGAAAUUAUAGUACAACUUAAUAGUAUAGGUACUCUAGAUCUUUUUUAAUUUUGUUUCAAAUGAUUUACAAAAAGCACAGACAUAAAAACAAAUGCCUACUUAAGUAUUAAAAUAAUUUAAUAAUGGUAACAUUUCAAAGUAGUGUAUUAUUUAUUACAGUUAUUAUAAAUAAAUUUUAAAUGUAGAAUAUAA